CUGAACACCUGAGGAUUUAUUGUGCAGCCCGGGACAGCAGCAUCCCGAGUCUUACCCCUCCGCUUUUUGGAGGCCAAACCUUCUGGUUUAGCUUCAGAGGAUGGACCUCCGACUGAUAUGCGUUCUACUUCUGGUGGUAGCCUUGGCCGGGGCCACCCCAGAAAGAUACCACUACCAAGUGAAGAAGCACCACCCUCAACCUCAAGUCAAGACCCACACUAUUCCAGGUGAGCCAGGAAUUCCAGGUAGCCCUGGAGAACCUGGACCACCAGGUCAACCUGGACCCUCUGGACCACCUGGAAAAAGCGGUGUUGGACAUCCUGGACCAAAGGGUCAACCUGGACAACCUGGAGCCCCCGGCUACUCUGCAGCUGGCAAGCCUGGUGGCCCAGGCUCCCCUGGGAAACCUGGCGCCAAUGGUAUUCCUGGGGCAAAAGGACAUUCUGGUCCUGCAGGUCAGAUGGGCCCAAGAGGGUCACCAGGUAGCCCCGGAACCCCUGGACCCUCUGGACUCUCUGCUAUUGGAAAAUCAGGACCAGUAGGAGCUCCAGGGCAAAUGGGACCAAGGGGUGGAUCAGGGCCUAGUGGUGCACCUGGUAUUCCAGGAAGUCCAGGUCUAAAGGGCGAGAGAGGUGUGGGCAUUCCAGGUUCACCAGGUGCCCAAGGUCCUGCUGGUCACAUGGGUCCUGUUGGUCCACCUGGAAAAUCUGGAGUUGGGGCACCCGGUUCAAAUGGAUAUCCUGGUGAACCUGGAAAGUCAGGUGGUCCAGGUAGAGAUGGUAUUCCAGGAACCCCUGGUCUACCAGGUCUAAAAGGCCACGCUGGUCCUCCUGGGGUGGGUGCUCCAGGUAAAUCUGGAGCAAAUGGUAACCCUGGUAUGCAUGGCCCUACCGGUGGUAAUGGUCCACAGGGACCUGCCGGACAGCCCGGUGCUCCAGGUAUGCCAGGUGUUGGCAAGCCAGGAGCAUCAGGAAUUCCAGGAGCAAGAGGUGGACCAGGUUCCCCAGGUACUACAGGACAGAAAGGUGAGCCAGGCCCAACAGGAUUCACAGGUGCCCCAGGAGCUAUUGGUCCUAUGGGCCAAGCUGGUCCUCAGGGUGCUAGGGGAUUUCAGGGAGAGGGAGGUGCUCAGGGUCUUAAAGGUGAUGUGGGAGGCUUUGGACCUCAAGGGGCAAAGGGCCUUAAGGGUGAUCAGGGACAUCAAGGUUUAACAGGAAAGCCAGGUAUUCCAGGUAAUGGUGGACCACAAGGCCCAACAGGUCAUAUGGGACAUCAAGGCCAAAAGGGUGAGCAAGGUUAUACUGGUGCACCAGGUAUCGGAGGUACAAAGGGGCCAGCUGGAGUUAAGGGGCAUCCAGGGCCAGCUGGACCUAGAGGAGAGAGGGGAGAAGGAGGGUUCCCAGGGGCAAGAGGAGCAGUUGGGCCACAAGGCCCAUCCGGUAUUCCAGGGCUUAAAGGUCAUCCAGGUCCCCCAGGUGCUCCUGGCCCACAAGCUGUUAUGGGUAAAGGAAUGUCUGGCCCUCAAGGGCCACCAGGACCUCCUGGUACCAGAGGUCAUGAUGGUCUCCCAGGUCCAGCUGGACCCCCAGGAGCCCCUGGUCAACCAGGUGAGAUGCUUUACCAUCAUGAGAAGAGCAUGCCAAUCAAAUCCCAUGAGAUAAUGCCUGUGGCUCAUGAGUUGGUGAAGGCUCCAAUGUCUGCCUUUUCGGCUGUUCUGACAAGGGCUUAUCCUCAAGCAGGAGCCCCCAUUCCCUUUGAGACCAUUUUGUACAAUGGUGAGCAACAUUAUGAUCCUGGCUCUGGAAUCUUUACUUGCCAAGUCCCUGGACUCUAUUACUUUGCUUACCACAUGCAUGUCAAUGGGGCAAAUCUCUUGGUUGCACUUUACAAAAAUGGUCAGCCAGUGGUUUUCACUUAUGAUGAGUAUAAUAAGGGUUUCCUGGAUCAAAUGUCUGGAAGUGCUGUCCUUGAGUUGCACACUCAUGACACAGUCUACAUGCAGGUUCCUGAUGAGGAAUCCAAUGGCGUCUUUGCUGCCGACAAUGUUCACUGCUCAUUCUCUGGUUUCUUGGUUGCCGCAACGUGAUACAGACACUAAACAACACCCCAAACUUUAACAUCAAAGAGCAGUUUCUCAAAAAAUAAUUGCAUUCACCAUCACUAAGUGCAGGUUAUUUUGCAUAAUAAUGAGUACUUUUGAAGGGUGUACUGUUUUACCCAUUGAAACCCCUUACAUCAUAUUAUAUGGUUUGCUGAAGAAACUAAGAAACAUAAAAUUCCAUAAGACCCUUUCAAAAAAGUAGCUAUGUUAAGUACGCUUUUAAGAUAAUGCAAAGAUUUUCCAUCUAUAUAUAUUGUUUAAAAUGUGUUUAAAUCCUGUUCAUUGCAGUUUUCUGGCUUUAGUGUGAGACACACCAAUCUUGACAUGUACAAUAGAAAAGAUCACUUCUAAAUGGCAGAAAUUCUGUAAGCUUGUAACUAGACAUGUAACAUGACGCAAUGAGAAGAAAUAAGUCGAAACGAAGCACAGGUCUGUUAAUGCAACAUUUGUUUUGUAUCUCAAAGAUCACAUUAUGUACAACAUACUGACCGAAAUAAAAAAGUGUUUUAGAUCCCAAA